AUGCACGCUGGAGUGUUAACGACCUUAGCACAAUUAAGAGAAAAAUUCUGGAUUCCCAAGCGUUGGAGAGUUGUAAAGGCAAUUUUACGACAAUGUAUAAAAUACAAAAGGCUGACAGCUGGCAAAGUUAACCCAGAUCCAGCUCCUUUACCUCCUGACAGAAUACACAGAGUUGCAGCCUUUCAAAUAACUGGCGCAGAUCUGGCUGGUCCUCUUUCCUUACGUGGUGGGUGCAAAGCGUGGAUAGCUCUAUUCACGCGCGCAGUAUAUCGAGCAGUCCAUCUAGAACUGGUUUCAUCUCUCUCCACCGAAUCGUUUAUGCAAGCUUUGAGAAGAUUCUGGGCAAGAAGAGGAAGAGGUUCUACGCUAUAUACUGAUAAUGGUACGAACUUCGUAGGGGCAGCAAAUGCUUUGAAAUCUUUGGACUGGGAUUUUAUUCAAGCCGAAUGUUCUUUAAUGAAAAUAAAAUGGUUGCUUAGCCCUCCUUCCACCCCAUGGUACGGUGGAUUUUGGGAAAGGAUAUUUCGCACCAUUAAAGAACUCCUCCGAAAGUGUUUGGACAAAGCAUGCGUAACAUAUGAAGAGAUGUUGACUUUACUCUCCGAUUGUGAGGCUACAAUAAAUGAGCGACCAUUGACAUAUUUCUCAGACGAUCUGAAGGAGCUUAAACCUCUUACGCCUGCUCAUUUCAUCCAAGAUAUUAAAGAAAGAGAAACAUUUGAUUUGGAUCUGAUUGAUUCUCAGCAUAUAUUGAAACGAGUGCGUUAUCUUCACACCUUACGAUCAAAUUUACGCAAACGUUUCUACAAAGAAUACCUUGGAGAGUUAGUAAGAAGUCAGAAAGUAGCUUCAAGAAGAAAGAUGAUUUCUCCGGGAGAAAUCAUCAUAGUUGAAUCAAAGAACCCAAAUCGAAUGAAUUGGCCUUUGGCUCAAGUGAUCGAAUUGCUUCCAGGCAAGGACGGCGUGGAGCGUGUGGCUAAAUUACGACUAGCCAGUGGUGAGAUCAUACGACCGCUUCAAUGA